CCCCCAGCAGACUUCUGGAGUUUUCCAUGCGCUAUGUGUUGGCCAUCCAUUACUUCAUAGCCAUUCCUGCUGUCUGGCACAGAGAAAAAGCAGAUGGCAAGGAACUGUGGCACUGUCAGAUCCGAUCAGACCCAGCUGGUGUUUUUAGCCAGAGUUGGGAGGGGGGGAGUGGAUGUGAUCUGGAUUACAUCCCAACCUGCAAUGACCGUAUCUGCGUUGCGUGCAGACGGUCUUAAGUUCAAACCCUGACAUCUCCAGGUAGGGCUGUGAAGGGAGCACUGCCUGAAACACAGGAGAACCACUGCCAGUCAGUGUAGACAAUGCCUGUCUCUCUUUCUGCAUCCAUUUUGUGUUAUGCCACUCCAUGGCAGCCAUUUUGGGACUGGUGCCAUGGCACUUUCUCAAAAUUCCGAAUGUGCCCACUGGCCUAGGAAAGCAGGUGACCCCUGCUGAACAGUCUAACAUACUAUUUCCAUAUCUUCCAUAUCAGCCAGCUCUGAGCCUUGAACCUGCCUGGGUCACUGCUAGAUGCAAGGUUCAUGACAAAAAUAGCCUCCCAUUGGCUUCAUUGGGGGCAGGGUGAGGAGGUUAGUCCAUGGGCCAGGGGCAGAUCCCCCCUGGACCACAUCUAGCCCAUGGGCUGGAAGUUCCCCAUCCCGGCUCUUACCAUUAUACUCGGACUCCAAUGUUUGGCUGGCAGCAGCUUCCUUCAGCUCCACACCCGUGUAGAAGUGAAGCCAGAACAACAAUUGCUUGAGAUUGUGAUCACAGCGACUGUUGUAAAAACCAAGCAGUCAUUCCAGAGAUGUAUCCAAAUUCAAUCCUGUAUUUCAGCCAAAAUCUAUUCAUCAUAACCAGGGUCACUUUCCAAACUGAGAGUGGAAGCCUGAAUGUAUAGAAAUUAUAUGUUUAAUGUACAUGACAUAAUCCCCUAAGUAGGCGAUCAGUUUCAGUUUCCAGAAAAGACUUGGAUAUUAUUCUGCUUGAGCAUGAAAGAUUAUCCUCAAGUCAGUGUUCUUCUGGACCGUGGAUUGGCAUCUGUGGUGUGCUGGAGUUUGUUAGAGAAGAUAGUACAAAGUCUUCCAGCAGGAGAGUCUGACCUGGGUAAUUCUUGGGCCUGGAGGCGGCUUCUAGACCAAGCAUCUGUUCUGUGGCAGAUUCUUUUCCAAAUGUUCACAGACUGGGUGAAUCCAGUGGUUCUAGGACUUGGCCCCCAUGUGAAGGGGAAGGAUGCUCCUGCAAGGCACCUCCAGCACCAGCUGCAGCAUGGCUCCUGCACCUACACUUUCCUGCUGCCAGAGCUUGGGGGCUGUGACUCGCCUGCUGCCGAAUACCAGGUUUCCAACUCACUCCAGAGGGAUGCUCCCUCCCUAGCCGAGGCCAAGUGGCCAGUAAAGAGGCUUCAGCAGCUGGAAAACAUCAUGGAAAAUAACACCCAGUGGCUACAGAAGCUGGAGAACUAUAUCCAGGAUAGUGUGAGAAUGGAAACAUCUGACAACCACAUCAGUGCUGUGCAGAAUCACACAGCGGCCAUGUUGGAAAUUGGCACCAGCCUUCUGAACCAAACGGCUGAGCAGACUCGCAAGCUCACUGAUGUAGAGAUGCAGGUUUUCACCCAGACCUCGCGGCUAGAAAUCCAAGUGCUGGAAAACUCCCUUUCUACCAACAAGCUUGAGAAACAGCUGCUGCUGCAGACUCAGGAGAUCAGCAAACUUCAAGAGAGGAACAGCUUCCUAGAGAAGAAGGUCCUAGCUAUGGAGGGGAAACGUGAGGAAGAGCUUCAAGGCCUCAGGUCUGAGAAACAGGAAAUGCAGAGGUUGCUGUCCAAGCAGGUGGACCUCGUUGGGCAUCUGGAACAGCGUCUGGGCGCUGCCCUGGUCAACAACACAGUCCUCCAGAAACAGCAGGCCUCCCUGGCAGAGACUGUGAAGCUCUUGAUAGGCUUGGUGUCCCAGUGCAACCACAUUUCUCACGUCCGCCCAGAAGAGCAGAAGACAUUCAAGGACUGUGCAGCUGCAUACAAAUCAGGGUUCACCGCCAGUGGCAUCUACACACUGCAGUUCCCCAACACUACGGCCACCGCAAAAGUCCUCUGCGACAUGGAGACCAGUGGAGGCGGCUGGACUGUAAUCCAGCACAGGACGGAUGGUUCUGUCGACUUUCAGCGCACCUGGAAGGAGUAUAAACAGGGCUUUGGGUCCCCACCUGGAGAGCAUUGGCUGGGCAAUGAUUUCAUCCACUUACUCACCACACAAACUUCCUACUACCUUCAUGUCAAACUCCAGGACUGGGAAAACAAUGAGGCCUAUGCCUUGUAUGACCACUUCCAUGUAGGGCCUGAGGAGCAUAACUACCGGCUUUAUGUCGGGAGAUACAGUGGCACAGCUGGUCGCACGAGCAGCCUUAGUCCCUCAGGGACAGACUUCAGCACCAAGGACGUCGACAACGACCACUGUGCAUGCAGGUGUGCACAGAUGGCAGGUGGAGGCUGGUGGUUUGACGCUUGUGGACCCUCCAACUUAAAUGGCAUUUAUUACCCACCCAGCCCUGCCAUGAACAGGUACAACGGCAUGAAGUGGCACUACUGGAAAGGCCCCAGCCAUAGUCUGAAGGUGACCACCAUGAUGAUCCGCCCUGUGGAUUUCAGAGAGGAAUAAGAGGAGCUCGCCAUGUGGCUGAGAUGGUUAGGCUCCAGCAAGAUCAACUGAAACUCAAAUGCAGCGAUGUGUCUCUGUGCAAACUUGUGCAAUCUCUAAGGGGGAACUAUGGGUGGGUGUACUUUCUGGGAGUCAAAGAACAUCACUGUACUUGAUAUUGGUGGCCACAGGGGGCACUAACCACAGAAGAAGCACAAGGUAUAUAUCCCAGAUGCAUCCUUGCCUGUCCUGUGUAUAUAAGGAACUCCUUUAAAGUCCAGAAUCCUGAGGCUGAAAAUGGCUUGACUUUUAACAGGAGGCCUGGGGAGGGUGUGUGUAAGAGAAAGCAUUUAUGGCUUGAAAACAUUCAGGUGCUGCAGGAAGAGCUGAGCUAGACUUUCUGGAGUCAGGCAGAAACCUCUUCUGCGCUCUCUGUGGCUCCUGGUUUACACCUCCGUGAGCAGGGUAAAUUCGGAUAAUAUGUCCAUGUGUACUUAAUAAUUCAGUUUGGAGGACAAUGCACUCACUGUUUUGUGUGCCUUUAACGGUAAGUUUGAACCUUUCUU